UACAGCGAAUGGGCCGAGAAACAAGAUCAUAUCUGGUCCAGCGUUAUCUUUGGCAUGAGAGAGAGAGAUUAGUAGCCUUUGUUGCAUUUGUGAUGCAUUGAAAAGGGUGCCUUCUUUAUGGACGAUUGAUUGCAAUAUAUAUAUAUAUGCAAAGUAAGGAAGACAUCACACGUGCGGGAGUUAGUUAGCGAGCAGAUCUUCCCCAGCGGGUAGUUGACUGCCCUGCUCUUUCCAUCUCUUCACUCUACUACCCAAGCCCGACUGAAGACCUAAGAGCUCUACUCUGUGCCGAGGGCUCUACAUAAGAGCUCUAAGCCCCGUCACACUACUCAGGUUGGAAGAGCCGUAACCCAGCCAGUGGAGGGGUCAUCAUAAUCAUCAUGACUCAGAGUCCCGUCCAUGGCUGCUCGGUCUGUGUGGCCCAGCUGACAGUCUUCCUCUCCCUUACCCUGCUGUUGUGUCCUCUGGGGAGAGCACUCGGCGAAGACCAGGCUUCUCCGGCCCAGGUGCUGCAGGGUCUGUUGGAGCGAUAUGGGGACAAUGCCACCAUCUCUGUCCCCCAGCUCCGCUCUUUGUUGGCACGACUCGGUGCACCCGGCCUGGGGGACAAUGGCACCACAGCAGAGGCGACAGCUCCACCGGCGCCGCCCAGAGUCAACCUGUCCAAAUGCUUACCUGGAGACACCCUGGCAGUUUACAGUAUGAACGAGCAGUCUCGUCUGGAUGGGCGUGGCCUACAGGAACUCUGCCCCACCAUGCUUCAGCAAUUGGACUCUGGCGCCUGUGGGGUGGAGAAAAAGGAGGAGCUUAUCAUAGACCCGCCUUCCAAACCCACUGCUGCUGAAGUUUGGGGUUAUGGCUUCCUGUGUGUGACCUUCAUUUCUCUGUGUUCGCUGGUUGGGGCCAGUGUGGUCCCCUUCAUGAGGAAAACCUUUUACAAGCGUCUGCUGCUCUACUUCAUAGCCCUGGCCAUUGGCACCCUCUACUCCAACGCCCUGUUUCAGCUCAUCCCAGAGGCGUUUGGUUUUAACCCUAUGGUGGACAACUAUGUGUCUAAGUCCACGGUGGUGUUCGGAGGAUUCUACCUCUUCUUCUUCACUGAGAAGGUCCUCAAGAUGCUGCUCAAACCCAAGGAUAAGGGCCAUGACCACAGCCAUUUCCCAGCCAACGGAGACAUGGAAGAGGGCGUGACAGAGAAGCUGCAGCAGAGUGGAGAGGCGGGGCUUAACCUGCCCAAAGUGGACGGAGGAGAGGGGGACCGCAUGCUCACCCCUGCACUGACCCCACCGGACUCUCAGAGCCUGGGUGGAGGGAACAGCAGAGGAGGCUGCUAUUGGCUGAAGGGUACAGCAUACUCUGACAUCGGCACUCUGGCCUGGAUGAUCACGUUGAGCGACGGGCUCCAUAACUUCAUCGACGGCCUGGCCAUCGGAGCCUCCUUCACUGCCUCGACCUUCCAGGGCAUCAGCACCUCCGUGGCUAUACUCUGUGAGGAGUUUCCCCAUGAACUGGGAGACUUUGUGAUCUUGUUGAAUGCUGGGAUGAGUAUCCAGCAGGCUCUGUUCUUUAACUUCCUGUCUGCCUGCUGCUGCUACCUGGGCAUGGGUUUUGGCAUCCUGGCAGGAAACAGCUUCUCACCUCAAUGGAUCUUUGCCCUGGCAGGGGGCAUGUUCCUCUACAUCGCCCUGGCAGACAUGUUCCCGGAGAUGAACGAGGUGAGUCGUGAGGAGGAGGAGGCAGGGGGAAGCAGCUUCCUUGUGACCUUCAUCAUCCAGAACGCGGGCCUCCUAACCGGCUUUGCCAUCAUGCUGCUACUGACCACCUACUCUGGAGCCAUCACUAUAGACUAGCAUUAGUAUUCACACAACUACACCCUGUCGGUUUUAACCAGAUCCAAACGCUUUCAACUGUAAUGAUUCCUUUUGGAGCUGAAUGGAAAUGCCCGCCCCUCCCUCCCCAGGCUCCCUCUCAGGCCCCAUUUUGCCCCCGAUUCUCCCUCAGGACUUUAGAGACCCGGGGCUUCAGUACUAGUGCGGCAGGAACGCACCCUAUAAGACUUAAGCAGUUCCCAAAUGCAGUAGCUACUAGUACACUGGCAGGGGAACAGGCCUCCCUCAUCUCUCUUGGGCCUUCUCUGACCCCCCUAGUAUACUGGCAGGGGAACCGCCCUCCCUCAUCUCUCUUGGGCCUUCUCUGACCCCCCUAGUAUACUGGCAGGGGAACCACCCUCCCUCAUCUCUCUUGGGCCUUCUCUGACCCCUCUAGUACACUGACAGGGGUACCACCCUCCCUCAUCUCUCUUGGGCCUUCUCUGACCCCCCUUGUACACUGACAGGGGUACCACCCUCCAUCUAUCUCUGUUGGGCCUUUUCUGACCCCCUUAGUACACUGACAGGGGUACCACCCUCCAUCUAUCUCUCUUGGGCCUUCUCUGACCCCCCUAGUACACUGGCAGGGGUACCACCCUCCCUCAUCUCUCUUGGGCCUUCUCUGACCAGCCCCCCCCUUGCCAGCUAGGUGACUAGCCUAGAGAUCCCUUUCCCCUCUGUUCUAUGCCACCUGCAGGGACAGGAACGGGUCAUAGGCAGGGGGUAGGACCACCAUAUUAUCUCCUAUGCUGAUGACCAACAGACAUGCAAUAUCUACAAACCAUUUAUUCAAACACCGUUCGUAUAUAAACUAUAACUAGGUAUAAAUAAAGUUAUUUAAUCAAACACUUCCUUGUUCCCCAGACUACUGAGAGACCAUUUCGGCUCUACAAAGACUCUUGCUGUUGUCAUGGAGAUCAUUCUGUCAUUGGUUAGUUUGGACAUGCAUGAUGAGCGUCGAGUUGGACAUUUUGAGCAACCAGGGGUGUAUUCAUUACGGAAACCGUUUGAGAACCAAACCGUAGCAAACAGAGCAAAUGGAACGAAAUGGUUAGGAACCUACCAGAAUUUGUCCAAUAGAAACGGUUGUUUGGUUUCUGUUGCAAAACAUUUUGCAACAGAAUCAGCGUAACGAUUACACCCCAUGGUCCAACGACAUGGAAAUAGUGUAUUUAUGUUACCCAUAUGCCUCUGAGUGCCCAUGGGCCAAACGACGGUGGCCUGCGCAGCACAAUCAGGUAAUAGCAGUUGAAUUGUAGACAUCCUUGGACCUUUUUUCAUUGUCAGAGUGCAAACCCUUUUUUCAAUACACACCAAAAAGAAAGUGUUCCAUAUAUAUAUAUAUGACGCACAGAUCAACUGGAAAGUUGAGCAAGCCGACGUGAAGAAGAACAAAUCCUUUCCCCAACAUAGGACUGAUGUGUUAUGUUUUACUUCAGGAGGAACCAGACAAAUGCAACACGUGUGAAUUUUAACAACAACAUGUGGACAGACAGACCGUUUAUGAUGGACUCCAUUGGGAACUUGUUUUUCCCCCAAGCGUGAAGAACAAGAACCUCCUCUGAUUUGUAGCUUUCUGUCCUGGUUUCCUUCGGUUGACAUUGUUCUCUACUAAGAUCUCAGCAAAUAGCUCCCUAUUAUAGUACACUUCCUAAAAUAAGGUUUUCUGUAGGGAAUAGAGUGCCAUUUUGGACAAAGCCUAUGUUUGAUGGAUGGAUGGACUAUGGUGGCACCUGAAGCCACGGUCUAUUUCUCCCAAUCAGUUCCCCCAUCUAGCUAACCAUCUGUGCCCUUCAUAUGUCAUUGACCUGUUUUUUCUAAGACUCUAAUCUCUAUGAAUGCAAUCCUCCAUUCCUUAUCCAUACCGUUGUCAUUUUGAGAUAACGGCUAUUGUUGUAUUAUUUGUAUGUAAUGAAUGAAUGUUUAGAAUCAAAGACCUUACACCCAGAAUCAUAGUCACACUUAAAGGAGGAGUUCACUAUUUUACAAGAUAAUGUUGAGAUGGUUCCUCACCCUGAACAUAGUCAAUGGGCCAGGAGAAACUGUAAUCCAUGGUUCAGUUUUCUUUAAACAGCCACAACAAACUUCAGCUUUUGCCCCGUCGCUGCCAAAAAAUCUAUGGAAGUGAUGGGCAGCUUUUUAAAAGUAAAAUGUCCAAAUCUCCCAAAAUGAAUUCUAUAUUUUGUUUGCUGUAACUUUAAAAUGAUUUGGCCUUUAAAAAGAAAAACAUGCUCACAGCCCCAAUCACUUCCAUAGAUGUUUAGCUAGCGGUGGCCAGAGUUGGUAAGGGAUGUUUAAUGAAAACCAAAAUUUUUAUUUAACUAGGCAAGUCGGUUAAGAACAAAUUAUUGGGCCUCCCGAGUGGCGCAAGACACUGCAUCGCUGUGCCACUAGAGAUUCUGGGUUCGAGGCCAGGCUCUGUCGCAGCCGGGUGUGACCGGGAGACCCAUGGUGCUGUGCACAAUUGCCCCAGCGCUGUUAGGGUGAAGGUUUGGCCGGCAGGGAUGUCCUUGUCCCAUCGCGCACUUAGCGACCCCAAGGCACAGUGCACCCUGACACAUUAAUGCAGCUGGCUUCCUCGUUAAAUGGGCAUUGUGUCAAGAAGCAGUGUUGGGAGAGGCGGUCAAGAGCUGUGCGUUCUCCGAAACACAACCAAGCCGCACUGCUUCUUGACGACAAUGCCCAUUUAACGAGGAAGCCAGCCGCAUCAAUGUGUCGGAGAAAACACCGUGUCCGGGUGCACUCCUGCGCCAUAGACUACUUUCAGGGUGAGGAACCAUCUAAGAUGUUUUUGUCCUUAUCCAACACCCUAUAGAAACCAUCUCACUCCUUCAGUGACGUGAGGGUGUCAUUCAUGUAGCAAUGCCCAAACCACAUGGUUGAAUCUGUAAGGCUUGCCAUGUUUUAGCCUGUAAUGAAUAUUCAGCUUCUACAAUGUCAAUGGUUGAUUAGAUCAGUGAGUUAUGAAGUACGUAUUAUAUUAGUGCUGUGGUCAUGACAGUGCUAUAGGGUUAUAUAACAGUUGAUACGAAGAGAAGUUAUAAGUUAAUAGUUGUUAUAGCUUUGCCACCAGGGACCGGUGUGGUAGUAACAAAAAUGUGCUGUGACAUGAGGUCAACAAAACUGUAAAGACCAUGAUGAUGCAGGACGAGUGGGCUUCCUCAGUCUCGACAGAAUUUAUUUGGAGAGAAUGAAUUGUACCAUUUAGCAGAUGCAAUUGUGUGUAAUAUUAUAAGUGACCCCUAGAGGGAGACACUGCCUCUGAACUGAAUCAGCAUAAAGCAGUGGAGAAUAUUUCCCCUCCUUCAUUGAAUAUUUGUUCAGAGCUGUACUAUAGUUGCUAUGCAUCGACUUCAAUGUCGGUCUACAAUUUAUCUUGUUUUUAUUGGCAUAGAAUAGAUUAAAAUCCUAAAGAUUAGGUGAAUAAUUGCUUUUUCCCUUUUCUGAGUUAAUCUAUAUGAAAUAAACCAUCUCAUGAAUUGUACAAUGGCAACCAUAAUGUAUUGGAACGCUUUGAAACGGUUAGUUGUAUGGAUAAUCAGCGUUAUUGUUUAAGCCAUAAUGUUUUGAAAUGCAUUUGACAUUGUAAGUUUAUGCACAUUACACACUUCUUUUGUUUUAGAAAUACAAGCCAUGUGAAACUAGACAAUGCUGCACUAUUUUUGUUGUAUUUAUUCAUUUUCUUCUUAGCGAUCAUUUUACAUUUUUUGCACAUGUAAAACAGAUUUGUUAGUCAUAUGGAUACAUCAAUACAACACGUAUGAAAUCAGAGUACAUACACAGUCAACACACAUUUCCACCUCGACGUCUUCAGUCUCCAUUUCGACAAGUCCAUACCUCCAUGCAGGAUGUUGGUGUCAAUUCAGAACGUAAACCAAAUUCCAAUUCCGAAUGUUGUUCAUUGAGAAUUUGAUUUGGAAUUUCGGUGUACUUCCUGAAUUCAAAUGGAAUUGACCCCAACUCUGAUUCAAACUGACUUUAGACUUUUUAAAGAAGUUAUUUAUUGGUGACGUAAAGAUGUCAGACUCCUGUGAAUAGUGGUGUCAAGGAAGUGUUGUACUUUUUGCAGUGUGUUGUGGGAGCAGGGAACAUGUAUUUUUUUUAUAUAAACAAUUUUCCUAAAUUAA